AUGGUCAGUUACAGAGUGGCUAAGGCAGGCAAGCCUCAUACUAUUGUGGAGGAACUGAUUGUCCCUGCUGCUAUGGACAUGGCUGAGAAAAUGUUGGGGGAAAAGGCUAAACAUACUUUCCAGAAAAUGCCUUCAUCAGACAAUACCGUGUCCCGACGGAUCAGUGAUAUGUCAGCAGAUGUUUUGAGACAGUUACUAUGUCGUAUACAUGCCAGUGAUUUAUAUGCAUUACAGCUAGAUGAGUCAACAGAUGUAGCAGGCCUGGCUCAGUUGUUGGUGUACAUCAGGUACAUAUAUGGAGGGUCAAUCCAUGAGGACAUCCUCUUUUGCAAACCGUUACCAACGAGGACAACAGGGCAGGACAUUUUUGGACUCAUAGACAGUUUCAUACGAUCACACGGAAUAACCUGGACUAAAUGUGUUGGUAUAUGCACAGAUGGUGCCAAAGCAAUGACGGGGAGGCACAGCGGAGUGGUCACCCAUGUACAAGCAGUGGCUCCAGAUGCCACUUGGGUCCACUGUAGCAUACAUAGGGAAGCGCUUGCCGCCAAAGGAAUGUCAGACAGCCUGGCACAGGUGUUGGACGACACAGUAAAGAUGGUUAAUUUUGUCAAAUCAAGACCCCUAAACUCGCGCAUUUUUUCCACCUUAUGCAGUGAGAUGGGCAGUGACCAUUUGACGCUUUUGCUCCACACUGAAGUGCGAUGGUUAUCCAGAGGGAAAGUUUUAGCACGCUUUUUUGAACUGAAAGACGAGCUGAAACUGUUUUUCAUCGACAAUCCUUUUCGCUUGUCAGAUAGUUUGCAUGACGAUGAGUGGCUCACAAGACUGGCCUAUUUGGGAGAUAUCUUUGGUCGUCUAAAUGAGCUCAAUCUCGGGCUGCAAGGUCGCUCUGUGACAAUAUUCAAUGUGCGAGACAAGGUAGAGGCCACGAUUAAAAAGCUGAACUUCUGGUCUGACUGUGUCAAAGACAACGACACUGGCGCAUUCCCAUCACUGCAGGAUUUUCUGUGUGAAAACGAACUACGGCUUGCCGACAGUGUCAGAUGUGACAUACGGAAACACCUUGGUGACUUGUCAGCGCAAUUACGCAAAUACUUCCCCGAAACAGACGAUCACGACACAUGGAUUCGUAAUCCUUUUUCGUCACCCAACACAUGCCAGCUUCCUAUGCUCGAGAGAGAGAGCCUCAUUGAAAUAUCCACGAACGGGUCGGUCAGAAUCGAGUUCGGUCAGAAGACACUGACAGAUUUCUGGAUUAGUUUGCGGGCAGAGUAUCCAGACCUGGCAAACCGAGCGAUUAAGACGCUGAUGCCAUUUGCUACAACGUAUUUAUGUGAGACUGGAUUCUCAGCUUUGGUCUGCCUUAAGACCAAGUAUAGGUACAGACUGUUUGUGGAAAAUUAUCUAAGUUAUCCCAAUUCGGCCUAA